UCAUCUAGAAUUCUUAGAUCUAUCAACAAACAGUAUCGGAAACGUUGGUUGUGACUUGACUGAUAGGUUUAUUCCGCUUAUUUCGGUGACAGCUUUCAGUCUAAAAAGAAAUAGCAUUAAAUGUAUUAAACAAAACCUACUCAACUCAAUGAUGAAGAUAAAAAUAUUUGAUAUAAGUCAUAAUCUUCUACAAACUGUCAAUAUUUCCAUCCAGCACACAAAAGAUCUUCAGUUUUUAAACUUUUCACACAAUCGAAUACAAAAAUUAUCGGAAAAUAACAUGCACGACUUGGAUGCAGUUGCGUUGUCAAGGGAGAUUAAAAUAGAUCUUAGUGGGAAUACAAUAUUAUGUACAUGUGAAACGCUUCCUUUUUUGCAAUGGAUGACAAAAACUAAUGUAAUUUUACUGAAUAUGAAUAAUUACAAAUGCUCCUAUGGAAAUGGAAGUGUUACCACCUUACACCAACUGUCAUUUAUCGUAAAACAUUUACAGUUACAAUGUAGUUCAGAAACGGUUCUUAUUGCAAGCGUCAGUGUGUUAAUUGUUUGUAGCUUGACAGUUAUUGGAUUGGCAAUGCUAUAUCGGUACCGAUGGAGAAUCCGAUACUGGUAUUAUAAACGAAAAUUCAAAGCAGCAUAUACGACGACAGAUCAAGGCUAUGCACAAAUGUUUGAGUAUGAUGUUUUUAUCUCAUACUCGUCUGACGAUUAUGAAAUAGCUAGGCAUAGUACAAUGGAAGAGCUAGAAUCAAAACGAGGUUUAAGAGCCUGCAUCCAUGAAAGAGACUUUCAACCAGGAGAAUACAUAGCACAAAAUAUUUCAAGAGCAAUUAAUAGUAGCAGGAGAACUAUUCUUUUUGUUUCAAAUAAUUUCUUAGGAAGUGAGUGGUGUCAGUAUGAGUUGAAUAUUGCCUUAAUGGAAGAAAUGAAUAGUGAACGAAAGGUUGUCAUGGCGGUUAUGAUAGACGAUAUCCCGAACAAAUCUUUGCCAGUUGACCUGCGGCAUAUUAUCCAUGUAUACACUUACUUGGAAUACCCUAAACAUACGACAGAUUCCAAUUUAAACGUGUUCUGGAAUAAAUGUGCCGACUUUAUUAAGGACGGAUGA